AUGUUGUACAGAACCGCCCUCGCCGCUAGGAGAUCACCCAUCUCCCUUAAACCCAUCGUAGCUGCUAGACUCUACGCAACAGGUCCUAAUCCUACCACUCCACCUUCGAGUGGACCAGGUGGACCAGCCGGAUCAGCAGGGACAGACACUCAAUCGAACAACACACUCUUAUAUGGCGGAGGAGCGGUGGCUCUCAUCGGAUUAGGGUACUACUUCUUCGGCGGAGGAUCCACCAAUGCUAGAGCUAGCCAAUCGCUCAAAUCUGCUGAAGCACCACUCAAACAGGCUGAACUUUAUAGUAAAGGAGCAGCCGAUCGGGCUGAGGUUAAGGCCGGAGAAUUAACGGGUAAAACUAAAGGGCAAUUUGAAGAAGCUAAAGGAGAAGUAAAGAAAGCUUUCAAAUAA